UAAAAAAAAAAAAAAAAACUUCCGUUAUCGAUCUCUCUCUUUCUCUCUCUCUCUCUGAGGGUGGCGAUUCGAGUUUCCAUGGUGGAACAGAAACCCUAGCCCCUUAUGCUGCCACUAUUUAUCACUCUUCACUAUUGAAUUUUGGAAGGGGGAAUGGAAUCAGAGAAACUCCUCGACCCAAGGCUUCUUUCGAUUAAUAGCAGCACCACCACCAACACCACUGGUCGCAAAACGAUGUCCGUUGAGUUGCCGCAGAAACCGCCGCCACCGCCGUCGUUGCUUGACAGAUUCAAGGCUCUGCUUAAUCAGCGUGAAGAUGAGUUCGGUGGUGGUGAGGAGGUUUUGCCUCCGGUUAUGGAUGAGAUUGUUCAGCUUUAUGAGGUUGUUUUGGGAGAGCUUACUUUUAAUUCCAAGCCUAUUAUUACUGAUCUCACUAUUAUCGCUGGUGAACAACGGGAACACGGUGAAGGAAUCGCUAAUGCCAUUUGCACUCGAAUCCUUGAGGCUCCAGUUGAGCAAAAGUUGCCUUCUCUGUAUCUAUUAGACAGCAUCGUUAAGAACAUUGGACGGGAUUAUGUUCGUUAUUUCUCAUCCCGUCUACCAGAGGUCUUCUGUCUAGCAUACAGGCAAGCGCAUCCGAGUUUACAUCCUUCAAUGCGCCAUCUGUUUGGGACUUGGUCAAGUGUUUUUCCACCGCCUGUACUACGCAAGAUUGAAGUGCAAUUGCAACUUUCAUCUGCAACAAACCAACAGUCUUCGUUAGGGGCUUCUGAGCCUACUCAACCAACUAGGGGCAUUCAUGUUAAUCCAAAAUACCUUCGUAGGCUGGAGCCCUCAGCUGCUGAAAGUAAUUUGAGAGGCAUAAAUUCUAGUGCAAGAGUGUAUGGCCAAAAUUCACUCGGUGGAUAUGAUGAUUUUGACGAUCAGUUAGAGAGCCCAUCUUCCUUGUCUGGACCAAGGUCUGGUACAGCUGGAAGUGUGGCCCUCUCGUCUUCUGUAAUUGGAGCAGAUGGUUUUCCCAAGAGGUUCAUUGAUGGAGCUAUUCCUUCUAAUCAAGCCUUCAAAUAUGGAGUGGGUCGACCUACUGGCAGAGAUGAUGAACAUAUGGAAUGGCGAAGAAAGGAAAACUUAGGACAAGGAAAUGAUCAUGAAAGACCUAGAGCUUUGAUAGAUGCAUAUGGAAUUGACACCAGCAAACACGUAACCAUCAAUAAACCAAUUCGCGAUAUGAAUGGCAUCCACAGUAAGAUGGUUACACCAUGGCAGAACACUGAGGAAGAUGAGUUCGAUUGGGAAGAUAUGAGCCCUACCCUAGAUCGUAGCAGAGCCGGUGAAUAUUUGCGAUCAUCUAACCCAGCAUUAGGAAGUGUAAGGGCAAGACCCAGAGUAGGAAACACGAGUGAUUUUCAUUUAGAUUCUGACAUUAAGAAUGGUGGAAGUCAUCAACUACGAGAAAACUGGAAUUUGUCACAAAAUUUCCCCCAUUCAUCCAACCGUGUUAAUACAAGAGCAGGAAAGGACUUGAAAGUAUUGACUUCGUCUAUGGGAUUAGUCUCAUCAAACAGUGAAUUUGGUGCUCCUCCAUUUGAUAGCAUUCAAGAUAUUAACUCACGUUUUGGUCGUGCUCUUCCUGAUGGGACGUGGCCCCAUUUGAGUGUUAGAGGAUCCAACUCUCUCCCUGUACCUUCAGCGCACUUGCAUCAUUUGGCAAAUCCUGGUAAUGCGAUGUCAAACCGCUUGCAUGGUAAGCCUUUAUAUAGGCCCGAGAACCAGGUCUCCCAGAGUCAUCUUAAUGAUAUAAAUCAACAGAAUCAGAUGCCAGUUAAUUAUUUGCCUUCUUCAUCUGCUAUGAAUCCAAGGCCAAUGCAGUCUUUGUUACCCCACGUAAGUCAUGGGUACCCUCCACAAGGGUCGACCAUUAGACCAUCCUUAUCAAUCCAUGGUGGGGAAGCCAUGCAUCCUCUUUCAUCAGGGGUUUUAUCUCAAAUAGGAUCCAUCUCUCAAAAUGCUUCUCUGGGAGCCUCUAGUCAACAGCCGGGCGGCGCAUUCUCUGGUCUGAUUGGCUCUCUCAUGGCUCAAGGUUUGAUUUCGUUGAACAAUCAGCCUACUGGUCAGGGAUCAUUGGGAAUUGAGUUUGAUGCGGACAUGCUCAAGAUACGUAAUGAGUCUGCAAUCAGUGCUCUAUAUGGGGAUCUCCCUAGGCAAUGCACAACAUGUGGUCUACGCUUCAAGUGCCAAGAAGAGCACAGUAAGCACAUGGAUUGGCAUGUAACCAAGAACAGGAUGUCCAAGAAUCAUAAGCAGAAUCCUUCUCGGAAAUGGUUUGUAAGUGGUAGUAUGUGGCUUAGUGGUGCAGAGGCACUUGGAGCUGAAGCAGUACCAGGGUUCUUACCCACAGAGCCAACAGUAGAAAAGAAGGAUGAUGAAGAGAUGGCAGUUCCUGCAGAUGAAGACCAAACUUCAUGUGCUUUAUGUGGUGAGCUAUUUGAAGACUUUUAUAGUGAUGAAACUGAGGAAUGGAUGUACAAAGGGGCGGUGUACAUGAAUGCUCCAGACGGAUCAACAGAAGAUUUGGACAAGUCUCAGUUAGGUCCUAUAGUGCAUGCUAAGUGCAGGCCAGAGUCAAAUGGGGGUGAUAUGGAAGAGGGUAUUCAGAGAAAAAAGAUGCGGAGUUAGAUCCCUUAGACCGACUUUUAGGUCUUUUUCUUGACUACAUUUAAGUUACAUUCUUAUUUCUCCAUCAGCUAUGUGCACUUAGUCACACAAUACCACUGAUGGACUUGUAGUAGUAAAAUCAGAUGUCGCAGCGGUAGUUCCCCCAUGUAUAUGGAAUGUACUGUCUGUUUCUUUCUUGUUUCAGAUUGUCUUCUUUUUUCAAUUUUAGAUAUUGCAGGCAAAGCCCGGAAGACUGAUAUUCGAGUGUGAACAAAUUUCCUAUGACGAGUGGAUCUCGUAGAUGCUGUUGCUAAGAGAACCAGUUUCAGGUUUUUUCGUUAGAGCUUUCCCUGUCUCAGUGUUACUUUUUAUAUAGGCGUUAACUCAACUCUUUUGAAGGUCUUUAUUCUCUUGACUUUGUCUAUAAUGAAAAAGGUUUUACUUUUCUUCUA